UGCACCCUCUCUAUAAACGGACAAAAAACAGCCUCUCAUGUGUCACUUGUCUGGAUAUGAGCCCUUGAGCCCAAGUUGCAAGGUCCAAGUCCUGGGGGGCAGGAAUUAGAAGGAAGAAACAAAGCCAAGCCAUUAGUGUUAUGUAAAGUGGAGAGACUGGAUACUGGUUGAAUAGGAGGGGCUGACCGCCCCGUGAUAAGAGCUUCCCUCUUUCGACAACCCCAUCACGAGAUCAGAACCUGCUGUUAGGAAAUAGUUUUACCAGAGGGCAGAGGAAAAGCUUUCAACCCCACUGAGGAGGGGGUGUAGGUGGUGCUGGGAGGCCCUGAGUGCAUCCACGGCCGCCCUUCCUCUCCCGAGUUAUUUUUGGUCUCUGUGACUUGUAGAUUUCCUGUUAGCGAGGACAGAAGCAACAGGAACCGAGUUGCCACUGCAGACACAAGUGCCCGCAGUCCAACAGUCCGUUUCCCCAAUCUCUUCCUCGGCCCCGGUGCCCCUCGGGGAUCCGGGCAUCAGGGUUCUAGUGUGCACGGGCGCUGGGACAGGUAUUUCGUUUGAGUCUCAGGGCAGAACCCCUACACUCACCCCGACCUGACCUUGCCACUGGGCCCCUCAUUCAGCAAGUUAGUGUCCUCCUUUCCUGAACCUGUUCCCCCCCCAACCCCCAUGAGCUCCCUCCGUGAGGGUCUUGGCGCGGGAUCCUGGACCAAUGGGCUGGUGGGGUGGACGGGAGGUGCAACAGCCUCCGAGCAGGUCCCUCAGUUACGCGGGGCCCAUCGAGUCGACCUUCCGAGGGCCCCCUCCAGACGCAUGCGCCCCACUCACUGUCCGGGUCCAGAACCGAGCUCUAAGCCCCGCCCUGCCCUCCUGGCUCCACCUCCCCGGCUCCGGGGUCCCGCUUCCCCGCUGGCCAGCGGUGAACAGGCAUGACAGCUGGGACCCGCAGGUUGCUGAUGACCUCAGGGAUCGCAGCGAUAAGGCGGAGGGAUAACCCGCACGGAGGCUGGCGCGCUGCAGAGCCGGCGCCGAACCCCAGGGCCGCCUCCGGACUCCAGGCUGAACGUCGGGGCCCCGCCCGGGCCCGUGCAGCCCAGGCCUUGACCAGCUGCGCUCGGCCCACGGAGCCCCGCCCCCGGGAGCCGCAGGCGCGGAGGCCGCCCGCUCUCCCCACCUAGGCUGCCGGGCCGGGGGAGAGGCUUAGGCGUCCACCGCAGCCUCCCUGCCUCCGGGGCUCGUCGGUGCCUUCCUCUGCAGCCGCAGCAGCCUGGCCUCCGGCGCGCGGCUGGGCGGCCCGGAGAGUAGAGGUGGGGGGUCCCGCGCCCUGCUCCCAACCGGGCUGCGCGGAGUGUCGGCAGCCCCGUGCCCUCGCCGAUGGCGCCCAGGGCCGAACCCCCCGACGGGGGCUGGGGGUGGAUGGUGGUGCUCUCCGCGUUCUUCCAGUCGGCGCUGGUGUUCGGGGUGCUCCGCUCCUUCGGCGUCUUCUUCGUGGAGCUGGUGGCAGCGUUUGAAGAGCAGGCGGCGCGUGUCUCCUGGGUCGCCUCCAUAGGGAUCGCCGUGCAGCAGUUCGGGAGUCCCGUGGGCAGUGCCCUGAGCACGAAGUACGGGCCCAGGCCCGUGGUGAUGGUGGGGGGCAUCUUGGCUGCGUCGGGGAUGCUGCUCGCCUCCCUUGCUACCUCCUUGACCCACCUGUACCUCAGUAUCGGGCUGCUCUCAGGCUCUGGCUGGGCCUUGACCUUCACUCCGACCCUGGCUUGCCUGUCCCGUUACUUCUCUCGACGUCGAUCCCUGGCCACAGGGCUGGCACUGACCGGUGUGGGCCUCUCUUCCUUUGCCUUUGCCCCACUUUUCCAGUGGCUGGUCAGCCGCUAUGCCUGGAGGGGGGCCCUACUUCUGGUGUCUGCCCUGUCCUUGCACCUGGUGGCCUGUGGUGCUCUCCUCCGCCCGCUCUCCCUGAGGGAGGACCCUAUUGUGGGCGGCCCGGCGGCCCAGCUCACCUCCCUGCUGCAUCACGGCCCCUUCCUCCGCUAUACGGCUGCCAUCACACUCAUCAACACUGGCUACUUCAUUCCCUAUGUGCACCUGCUGGCCCACCUCCAGGACCUGGGUUGGGACCCACUAUCUGCUGCCUUCCUACUCUCAGUGGUGGCUGUCUCUGACCUCGUGGGACGUGUGGUUUCUGGGUGGCUAGGAGAUGCGGUCCCAGGACCCGUGGCACGACUGCUGAUGCUCUGGACUGCCCUGACGGGGGUGUCCCUGGCCCUGUUCCCUGUGGCUCGUGCUCCCACGGCCCUAAUGACUCUGGCCGUGGCCUACGGCUUCACAUCAGGGGCCCUGACCCCGGUGGCUUUCUCCGUGUUGCCUGAACUGGUGGGGACUGGAAGGAUAUACUGUGCCCUGGGACUGGUGCAGAUGGUCGAGAGCAUUGGGGGGCUGCUGGGGGCUCCUCUGUCAGGUUACCUCCGGGAUGUGACAGGCAACUACACAGUUUCUUUCGUGGUGGCCGGGGCCUGCCUUCUGGCAGGAAGUGGCAUCCUCAUCACUCUGCCUCACUUCUGCUCCCCGGCCUCUGCCUCCAAGCCCCGGGACCUUGUCACAGAGGCAGUGGACACCACAGUCUCUCAGACCAGGGACGUGCUGGGAAGGGACUGAACUGCACAAAGGGGCUGUCAGACCGAGAGGCCAGAGCUCGGCAGCUCCAGAUUCUCCUCCUCUGGCCCAUCCUGGUGCCCACAGAACCACAGUGCCUUAAGCAUCUUGAUCAGCUCCCCCACAGGGCAGGCCUGGGCUGGGCGGUGAUCCUGCCUGUGUGCGCCAACCCCCUAGUAUUUUGCUGAGGACUCUUAUCUCUUCUUUGCUCCCACAACCUUUAUGGAAGGAUCCAGGAGCUCGGCCUUCUCCCUGGGGGCUGUGAAUCAGCUGUGACAACUAAAGGCCAAGAGACUUAA